CCAAUUUGUUGCAUGAUUACUUAAAAGUACAUUUGAAAGUGUGUAAUCCAUAAAUUAAACUUUUAAUAAUCCCCAAACCCAAAGAUUAUAAAAAGCAACAAACUAAAGACAAACCAACACACAAAACUCACAAAAUUCCCUUUUUAAAGCAUUCAUUCAAUCAAAUAACCCCCAAAUUCAAUCAUCUUCACUCUUUCUCUCUCCUCUCGAUCCAUUGAAAUUCCCCUAAAUUCUUGUUACCCAGAAAAAUUCUCUUCAAUAUCUCGCCAUUUUCGCCGUUGCCGGCACCUCUGCGACCUUCUCUCUCUUUUAAAUGAGGUUCUUUAAGAGGAUCGCCGGAUUUCUAGGGUUUACGAAGGAUGAAGGGCAUGAAUCCAUGGAAGAAGAUGAUGAUGCUAAUAAUAUUCCGAAUAAUUCUGACGAUAUUCGCCGCAAUCGGAUGAAUGUUGACCCAGUUCAUACUGGCCCUCGUAGAGGAUUCAGUGUUCCAGUUCAAGUUCCUGUUGAACGUCCUGUUGUGGGUCCUAUUUUGGUCCCUUGCAAUGGCGAUGGUGGAGUUCAGGGUCUUAAAUGGUAUGCACAACGUCUGAGAAUAGAUGAAGAUGGAGAUGUAGCGGAUGAAUUUUUCAAUGAAGUUUCACGAGAAACAUCACACGCCAUGCAAGAUCAGUCGAAAUCAUUCCCAAGGUAUCAAGUGAAGGCCAAUGUAAGACAUGCAAAAGUUAAAAAUCAGCAAAUGACUCCUGAUGGUAAGUUUCAACAAUUGGUGGACUUUCAAGGUCAGUUGCAGUGGGUCUAGAGUUAAACAGGGUACUUGAUCUCACUUGAUGCGGAGAAGAUAGAUGGAGGUAAAAUAGAGCUUAUAACUUAACUGAAGAAACUGCUUUCUGCUGAUAAAGAAGCCGAAAUGUUGCCUCAUACUCAACAGAUGUUUCCCUGCUAUUUAGCUGUAUGUUUCCUUUUUUUUUCAGGGAGUUUGUGGUUAUAUCUAUAUAUAACUGGCGUUAGCGUCUGCCUUAUCGUGUAGAAACAUUGUAGGCUGGCUGCGCUGGUCAGUGAGUUUGAUCUGCUUAAACUUAUUACGCGUAUACAUUCUGUUUUCCCCAAUCUUGUAAGAUUAUUGGUCUUUGAAACGUAGAUUAGUGUAAGAAACCAAAAGUCUACCCUUUCACUGCAUAGAAAAGCUCAGCAAUUACACACAUUUUGUGAUACUCCUUAUUAGUUAACUAGUGCUUUCUUUUUCUUUUUGGGCGAAUAAAUGUAAGCAUUUGAUUUAGAAAUUGUCUUCAUUGAAAAUUUAAUCUUUCGGCUGCAACUUUGCAGUUUCCUAUUUUCA